UGGAAGCUGGAAGGUCUGUCAAUUCGAUGAUUCACAAAACAACUUUACAGUUAACGCUUAACAUUUACCAAGUGUAGUAUGAGAACUAAGAACUAAGAAGUAUCGUUAAAUAUUAAACAUUGUAACAAUUACAAUUUUAUAGUUCACACCGAUCACACAGGAAAGUGUCACUAGUCUGCCAGUCUGUAUCUUUUGUAUGGUCAAUGCCCAAUACUCAUUAGUCAUUGCUCACUGACUAUAGUCACAAUUCUCAGUCUCAGUACUCACUACUCUGAAGUUCUGAAGUGUUCACGACACUAGCGAAUACACUACACUACUACAGUUAACAUCGAUUGUUCGCUGUAUCCUUAUCGAAUUAUUUACCAAAUCUCUGCUCAAUCGAAUUAAUUUUUCACAAAUUAGAAUCUCUUUUUAUCGGUUCAAUCUAAUAUACAUAGUUUGCCUUACAUUAUUGUGUAUCUAUAUACUUAUCAGGUUUUCCUUUCGCGAUGGAGAAAAACGGAAACACUGAACAUUUGCAAUGUGAAAAUGGCAACUGCGAUACCGUUACUACAAACUGCAGUACACAGACAACACAAUUUGAUGGGAUGACUGGGUUACAUCAACCUGGAUAUGACACUGGCGACGCUUUUGGUUCUUUAUUUAAAAGUACACCUCGUCAAGGUUUGGGAAUUAGUUCCACAGAUAAGGAUGCAUGGUAUUACAAUAUGCAUCACAAGUAUCGUGGAAAGGCUAUAAUCUUUAAUCAUGAAAACUUUCAAAUUAGAGAUCUUAAAUCAAGAGCUGGAACUGGAUUGGAUUGUAUUAAUUUAGAAGCAUCCUUAAAAAAUCUAGGAUUCGAUGUUACACCAUAUGUAGAUUUAACAUUAGAUGAACUGGAUAAAAAACUUGACUAUUGGGCAAAAGAAGACUAUACAAAUUAUGAUUGCUUUUUAAUGGCAGUACUAUCACAUGGUGAACAAGGCAUUAUUUAUGCUAAAGAUGGAGCUUAUAAGCCAGAAGAUAAUCUUUGGGGUCGAUUUACUGGUGACAAAUGUGUUACAUUAGCUAGUAAACCAAAAUUAUUUUUUAUACAAGCUUGUCAAGGAGACCGAUUGGAUGGUGGGGUUCAGUUAAGAACACAAGUGGAUGGUUCUUCUACAUUCAAAAUACCCAUUUAUGCAGAUUUUCUUAUAGCUUACUCUACAAUUCCUGGUUUCUAUUCAUGGCGCAAUACUCAAAAAGGUUCUUGGUUUAUGCAAGCUCUUUGUGAUGCUUUCAAUAGAUAUGGUUAUCAGCUGGACCUUUUAACUUUACUAACAUUUGUGAAUCGUCAAGUAGCCAUUGACUAUGAAUCUAAUGUCCCUGGUACUGUUCAAAUGCAUCAACAGAAACAAAUUCCUUGCAUUACAUCUAUGUUAACCAGAUUAGUAAAAUUUGAAAAGAAGAACUAAUAUACAUUAUUCAUUCAUAAAAUUCCUAUAUUAUAGUUUAAAUAUGAUUCUGUCAUGUAUAUCACAAAAUUAACACAAUUUAUUAAAACAUUAGUGUAUGGUUACAAAUUUUAAUUAUUUGAAUAAUAAUUCAAUUUUAAGCUGAUGUAAAAUAAUUGUGCAGUUAGAAUCUCAAUCUAAUAGUCUUAGAUAAUCAGAUUAUCUAAAAUUAUUACAUGUUGGUACCAUUUUUAACUAAAUUUUAUUUUAAAACGUGUUCAAAAUUUAUUUUAUUGAUGAAUAGGUAAAUAAUGAUUUAAAUGUCUGUCUUAAAAUAUAAAAAUUACUGUGAUUGAAACUAUUAUUAGCUUUGUAACAUACAUUACCAAAACUACUUUUCAAUAGUACUGAUUUCUUUUUUUAUUGAUUAUUUAUUAUUAGAGUAAACUUAAUGAACUUAAGUGAUAAGUUUUUUAAUAUUUUUUAUCUUGGAAAAUUUAUUGAACAAGAAUUUUACAAAAUACAAUUUACUGACAAACAAAUUUUAUUACUUAAAUAUUGAAUAAUAUAAUUAUGUAUAUUUUAUUCCCUUAUAUUAAUCUACCUCUACCAUUGUAUGUAUACAUUUUAUGAUAACAUUUUAUUUUUAAGUUUUGUCCUAAAUUAACACAGAAUCUCUGCUUGCAUUAGUGAUGUGUACUUAAUCUUGGUUUAUAUUUAAGUAAAAUUAGGUAAUCUUUUUUAUUAUAAAAUAUAAAAAUACAUUCCAUAUUAUUUUUGUUUGAAAAAGUGUGAUAAAAUAAUGGUUAUAUUUUAAUUUAAUAAUUUAAAAUUAUUUCUUUCUUACAUAAAUUGAACCUGUUGCUAUUCAAUUAUAAGAAAAUAUUUUAUAAUUUAAUUUAAACUACACAGUGAUGAACAAUUUGCUCACAUUAGUCUUUCAAAAAAGUUUUGAUUAUAUAUUUUAUAAUUUAAAUUCUUCUCAAAUAUCUCAAAAAUAACUUAUUUUAAGUGUAAGAAUGGGAAAUUAUUUUUAUUAAUAAACAUAAUAAAAAUGCAUAUUUUUAACAACAACAUGAUAUUUUACAUUUAAAACUUACUUUUUUUUCACACAUCAAAGUAUUAUAAAUUGUAUUUUUUUAUAAUAAAACAUUGUUACUCUAAUUUUAUAUUUUAUACUUAUUGAUUUUAGUCUUUAAAAUGAUAUUUUGUUUUAAUAAAAUACUUUUAUGAUUAUUUGUA